GCCGGAAUCAGUCAUGUUUCUCGGAGUCGCUAAUUAUAUUGAUCCGAAGCUUUAUCUCCCUCGCCUACUAGGUACUUACGCAGCAGCCCUAGACCAGGUGUUACCACCCCUAUCGCCAGUCUCCAGUCUGACGACAUCGGUAUGGGGGGUCUCGAGAUCUCAAACACCAAGGGAGGUACUGAGACACAGGCAGGCAGGUAGAAAAGAUUGGGGUAGGUACUCUUAGUUAGAUACACUAUAGUAGAUGUCAGAGCUAUAUAGUGUCCAUACUGUACAAUUCCCGCGGAUUGGACGCUACCAGUAGGCCAAACCGGUAGAGGAUACACUGUACGGCAUCACCGGCCGGUACCUGUGUUACCUACACUGCAAUGGUGAUUCCAAAUCAACUACAGUCGGCUUCCCAAAUAACGGGAAUGAAUCUGUCAUCACUCCUCCAAACAUCAGCUCUGCCGCCACAAGUCUCCUUAUUUAAGCGCGUUUUGGUCUUGCAUUGUCGAAUAUCAUAAAAUUCUCAUCAGUUUUCCUCGUCUUAUCAUAGCUAACUCAUUUUCAACCCCGCUCAUGCGAUUGCCACCUUUUGCCACUCUGCUGCGAACAGUUUACACGUUUUCUAGUUUAACGAGAGUUCGAGCAUCUGCGCCCGCUCACAAGUUUCUGCCCCAAAACUCACCGUACUCGGGAUACCUAGCAGCUAUGCCAUUUAGUAGUCUCUUUGGCUCAAGCUCCUCGGCUAACAAGAUGACCUACCCCGAUGAGAGAUCCCCUGACGAGUGGCGGGCCGUCUUGAGCAAAGAACAAUUCCGCAUCCUCCGGGAAAAGGGCACAGAGGCCCCCGGCUCACACAAGUUUGACAAGUUUUUCGCCGAGUCCGGCGUCUACACUUGUGCCGGAUGCAAUGCACCCUUGUACAUGGCAAGCCAGAAGUUCAAGUCUGGCUGUGGCUGGCCCGCUUAUUUUGACAACAUCCCUGGCGCCGUAACCCGUCAUGUUGACCGAUCCUGGGGCAUGUCACGCACCGAGAUCGUUUGCUCAAACUGUGGCGGCCACCUGGGCCAUGUCUUCAAGGGUGAAGGCUAUCCCACUCCCACGGAUGAGAGGCACUGCGUCAACGGUGUUAGCCUGAACUUCUCGCCAAAUGAUCCAGUUGUAGAGACAGCAGCAGAAGGUGCUAAGGAUUCUAAGGCUUAAAGCAUGAAUGUAUUAGCGUCGGUCGCCAUUUCAAAAAUUUUAAAUUGUAAAUAGGGAUGAUGUGAAGCAAGAAGUAGCACAACGACGCGAGAAGUCUCUUAUUCUAUUUCACCGUAUCUUUUCCUUUGAAAGAAGGUAUACGUAUUCCAAUUUCUGGUGUUGUUUUCGUCUACAAAAUAAAUCUGUAUGUUGGACAGAUGUCCAUUAUGCCAGUUUUUCCCCAUCAUCUCAUAUCGCCAGUAGGGCAAAUGGUUGGAAAUGCUAAAUCGUGGUUAUAUUUUCUCUCCUUGUAGCCAUAAUUGCAGUAUUGACUUACACCGUCGAGACCUUUGCCAGCAAGUUAUAGUGUCUAGACGACAAUAGAGGAGAUACGGUCAGAUUUUACGUCCAGUGUGCUACUUUGCAUAGCUGAUAUUCUUUCCCCUUUCUUCUUGAGGGCACAUAGAACAGGCAAGCUUCUCCACCGGUUCUCAGAGGGAAACUCCUCGCUCUAGUCCUAAGAGUCGUAUUGAAACUCCGCGACGCGUUUUAUUUACAUGCU